CAGCACAGAGAGCACGGACGGUAGGUAGGUUCGUCGCGGAACACACGUCUGGACGAGGUUUUGUAGUUCGCUCUCCACAAUGGAGCAUACACGUCGGUGUCGGUUUUGCAUAGCGUUCUUCAUAACGUUCUUGAUCGUGCGUUUGCCAGGCGGCUUAGCCGAACAGGAACAGCUGGAAGAAAUCGUCCACCAGCCGUUGCAUUGUGAGCGUAUCGACAACUCACAGUCGACGCUAGUGAGUGGAAACGACUGGGGAUCGUUUCACGGCCGAAUCGGGGAACGGGUGCUGCGCUGUGACUGUCACGAAAGUGUCCGACAGCGACGUAGCAAUCUGGAGGAGUACGGUCAGCCAAAGCUACGCAGCUCUGCCUUUGUGCUGCCAGCAUUCCCAGCUACUACCGUGGCCACCGAUAUACUCGUAGUCAACUGUCAGCAGCUGCUCGUACCGGGCGGCACAUUCCGCUCCAUCCGACCCGGAUUUCUCCCACGAACGAUACGCUUUGUCAACGUUGAACAGUUGACGCUGGAAUCGUUCGCUUUCGAAAGCGGUGGUAGUCAAACUGUUGGGCAGCAGGUGAACCCACAUGAUCCUCACCCGAUGCUGGGACCCAUAACGCUCAGCAUUGAACGCUGCCAGCUCGACGAGCUUCCGGCCAAUGUGUUCCACGGUGCGGCAUUACGUUCGGUGCUGUUCAGUGCAUCCACCAUCGGAGUGAUCCGGCCGCUUGCGAUCAGCACACGCUUUCAGCAGGUUAUUUUCUCCGAUAGCGUAAUUGGCCACUUUGCAAGACACUCCUUCAAGCGCGCGCAGAUAGAACAGCUGCAUCUGCGCAAUGUGACGAUGACCGGGGCUUGGACAUCUCAAGCCUGGCAGGGACUCAUCGUAAGCAGCUCGAUACAGAUAAUGGACUCUGGAUUUCUGCAAACCAUCCAUCCGGCGGCUAUUACCGAGAGCAGUACUGAAGAACUCCUUCUCCAACGAAAUACCUUCAACGACUCGAUUGCUGACGAAGCCUUCCAGCUGGAAGUUAAGAGCCGAAUACGUUUGACCGACAAUACGUUUGGCGCUUUAUCGUCCAACCUUUUGAGAGGUAUUAGAAUAUCCAACGAUUCGGCGUGGAAUGCUCAGCCAGCCAUCUUCCUAGAGCGCAACCUCAUCGACACAUUCACAGCUUCAUCCGAGGCACACACCUUCCUAGUGUUUCCACGCAACUUCACCGUAAGUCUGGAAAGCGUUCGCAUUGCUCAGCUUGCGACAUGCGACAGUACCAACGUGUCAUACCCGGCAUGGGCAGAAAUCUACUUUCUGCAACCAUUUGCCACCACGGGACGCAACGAUCCAGAAUCGUACAUAUCGGUGGAACAGUUUCGCUCCCAGGAGGGCUGUGAUGCGGAACCCGAUAUGGUGCUAGUUAUCGUAUUAGCCACACUGCUAGGAGUUACCAUAGUUACGGCAGUGGUUGUGGGUCUACUAUGCUGGCGGCAUCAACGUAAACGAAGGCGCAUGUUACUACUGGAGCAAAAUCUGGUGCACCCUACCCCGAGAACCUAUCGUGAAACACAGAUACUACUAAAGCUCGAGACGGUCGGCCAGCUGAAGACGGAUUUUUAGCGGCAGCUGAGUGCGGAACAAAGUAAGUGAGGCAUGCCCUACUGUCCGACUUCAUCGAAUAUUCAGUUACAAUGUACUAGGGGGGGAAAAAAGCCCAAAUGAGGCCGGCCUCGAACGACCAAGGUUCUAAAGCCACUAGGCAAGAUAUAAAUCAUAAGUUACGCUUAUUCAAAAAGUAUACUCACAGCACGGGCAGAUGACAGUCGAGAGCAUUGCGUAUAGUCAGCAUGGCAUCCGGUACCAUCAAGCCCUUCGCAAGCAGCGUAUUGCCAUAGCGCUCCAGUGUGGCCGCCUCCGGUUCCGUCAAUCGAUCGUCUGGAUCGUCAUCGAAGCGUAACUCCUUGCGCAAAAGAUUACGAGCACAACGUCCACCGAGGUGUGCCAGCUCAUGCUCCAGAGCGAUCAGAGUUCCUCCAGCAGUUCCACCGCCACCAUCCACCAUGGCUUGGUGCGCAUCCACGUGCUCGCCUGCAGGUACUUGAUCUGCAUUCUCAUAUCCAAUCACUAAACACUUGAACCCGUACGACUGCUGUUUCGGUUCGUUGACGUACGUCGAGCAGGAUUCGAGCGAUAGUUCAACCUCCCGGCCUGGCAGAACCAUCGCCCGGCCCGGACCACCGUAAGCCCAACGCGAAGGAGUGUUAUACAUUCGUACCGUGCACCAAUCAUCCAAAGAGUCCUUCUCGUUGCCCGUGCUACCGGCACGUUCUCCACCGCGCCGGUUCGGAAUCUUAACCUUCACCCGAUCUUCUUCCUGCACCGUACCACUCUGAGCAUCGAAGGUGAGACACAUCCAACGCACCGUUGCCGGAAACCGUACGCGGUACGCGGUAAGACCUGCCGUUUUGUACGGAUGAUCACUCUCCAAGAUGCAGUAGUGUGGACUGGUCGUGUUCAUACUGGUUGCGGAGGAGGUGAUCGUCGUUCCACCAUGCGCACCACUGUUGGACAUAUGCGUGAAGCACUUCCCGACGUGUCGUUGACGUCGCAAUUCGUUCAGCGCUGUGAUUGGUGGAAGAAUCUCCUGCACCAUCGACAGUACCUCGACCGAAACCUUCAAAUCCAUUCGAAUGCAGCGUUCGAGCUGGGCGAGCGUUAGUGGUAGCAGAUAGCGGAACAGACAGUUCACGACCGACGGGGAUCGAGUUGCACGCGAUCGGAACAGAUCCCAAACGGUUCGCUUGCGAAUCGGGACCGCUAGCACCAUUGCAGCACCACCACCACCACCAGCCGGCAACUCCAUUUCAUUACCGUUGGCUGCCGACAUUCCACCGCCACUUCCACUUUCGGCGCCACCGCUUCCCGCACUUCCGAUACCGGCACCACCACUAACAACUCCACCCACCGUCGCCUCUGACGCGGAAUCGAUUUCGUAAGGAUCGUAAGGAGUUCCGGCCGAAAUGCCUGCUCCGGCGCUACCACUGUUUCCACGCAGCGUUUCCAGCAGUCCUUUCGGGAGCACCUUGCCGAUCGUUCGACGCGUACGCUCAAUCGUGGUAGCAGCUGCAUUUGAGGAGAUCACACCGACCAAACCUGUCGAGCCCACGUCUAGGUGUUCCUCGAUCGGUGUUAUGUUGUGUUCCGAGUCGAUGGCAACACCUCCACCAACCACGCCACCGGCAGCACCACCUCCAAUCACACCACUAGCGCCCCCGAUACCAACCACCCCGGACGAGGCAGAUGACGAAGGCGUUGAGGACGUUUCCGACGAAGAUGGUGCACGCAUUCCCGGCGAAGCGGAUGUCCACAGUGCUAGCUCGUGAGCGACGGUUAGCAGCUCCCUACAGCGACCAACGAUUGCGCGGGCUACUUCCAGCGCAAGAUCACGUGCCUGCGUUCGACAGUUGCCCAACUCUCGGCCACUGCCAACGUUCAUCCCACCAUGCGGAAAUCCUGAGGUGCCUCCUGCCGGUGUGCAGUAGUACAGGAUGGCCGGUAUCUGCCCGCGAGCGGGUGUUGUACCGUUGAAGCUUAAAUCGCACGGAUAGAAACGGAACGUUACCGUACCGCACGGUCCACGAAGCGACGAUUGUCCGCAAUCGCCGGAAAGAGUUCGCGCACCCUGGCUGCACAGCCGUAAAGCGUAACGAUGGUUCUCCUUCAGCUGCACGGCGCGAUUAAAGCGAAGCUCGGCCAUAUGCUGCCGUACGGCGGUUUGAUCGUAGGAUCCAACGAUCGAUUCCAGCACUUCCCAACGGUGCGAAUGGGAGUAGGUAUGGGAAUGGGUAGAGUGAUGACUGUCGUACAGCAGUUCCAGCUGAUACUCGUAACUUCCCGAACCGGAAUAAACCUGGAGAGGGAAGCAACAAAAAAAGCCUGCGGCGUUAAAACAAUGUUCGAUAAAG